CGGCGGAAGAGACUCUCCGCGGCCACGCCCCGCGCCCUCGAAUGCGAGCCAAUCGUUGCUCGGCGCCUGAAGGGGCAGUACCCAAGCGAGCCAUUUAACAUGGCGGAGGACGUCUCCUCAGCGGCCCCGAGCCCGCGGGGCUGUGCGGAUGGUAGGGAUGCCGACCCCACCGAUAAGCAGAUGGCAGAAACAGAGAGAAACGACGAGGAGCAGUUCGAAUGCCAGGAACUGCUCGAGUGCCAGGUGCAGGUGGGGGCCCCCGAGGAGGAGGAGGAGGAGGACGCGGGCCUGGUGGCCGAGGCCGAGGCCGUGGCUGCCGGCUGGAUGCUCGAUUUCCUCUGCCUCUCUCUUUGCCGAGCUUUCCGCGACGGCCGCUCCGAGGACUUCCGCAGGACCCGCAACAGCGCAGAGGCUAUUAUUCAUGGACUAUCCAGUCUAACAGCUUACCAGUUGAGAACGAUAUACAUAUGUCAGUUUUUGACAAGAAUUGCAGCAGGAAAAACCCUUGAUGCACAGUUUGAAAAUGAUGAACGAAUUACACCCUUGGAAUCAGCCCUGAUGAUUUGGGGUUCAAUUGAAAAGGAACAUGACAAACUUCAUGAAGAAAUACAGAAUUUAAUUAAAAUUCAGGCUAUAGCUGUUUGUAUGGAAAAUGGCAACUUUAAAGAAGCAGAAGAAGUCUUUGAAAGAAUAUUUGGUGAUCCAAAUUCUCAUAUGCCUUUCAAAAGCAAAUUGCUUAUGAUAAUCUCUCAGAAAGAUACAUUUCAUUCCUUUUUUCAACACUUCAGCUACAACCACAUGAUGGAGAAAAUUAAGAGUUAUGUGAAUUAUGUGCUAAGUGAAAAAUCAUCAACCUUUCUAAUGAAGGCAGCGGCAAAAGUAGUAGAAAGCAAAAGGACAAGAACAAUAACUUCUCAAGAUAAACCUAGUGGUAAUGAUGUUGAAAUGGAAACUGAAGCUAAUUUGGAUACAAGAAAAAGUGUUAGUGACAAACAGUCUGCGGUAACUGAAUCCUCAGAGGGUACAGUAUCCUUAUUGAGGUCUCACAAGAAUCUUUUCUUAUCUAAGUUGCAACGUGGAACCCAGCAACAAGACCUUAGUAAGAAAGAAAGAAGAGUAGGAACUCUUCAAAUUACAUAUAUUUGUCUUACCAAACUGACUAUGAAUAAGAAAGAAGGAGUGAGGAAAGGAUUAUGCUUCUUAGUACUCCUAAAACAUUAUCGUACAAAAAAGAAAAAAGAAAGCAGAAGAGCCACUGAAAGCAGAAUACCUGUUUCAAAGAGUCAGCCGGUAACUCCUGAAAAACAUCGAGCUAGGAAAAGACAGGCAUGGCUUUGGGAAGAAGACAAGAAUUUGAGAUCUGGCGUGAGGAAAUAUGGAGAGGGAAACUGGUCUAAAAUACUGUUGCAUUAUAAAUUCAACAACCGGACAAGUGUCAUGUUAAAAGACAGAUGGAGGACCAUGAAGAAACUAAAACUGAUUUGCUCAGACAGCGAAGACUGAUUGUGUUUGUAAAAGCUUGAUGAAAGGACAGUUAAGUAUUUUGAUCACUGCAUUUUGUUUGAAACUUGUGUCAUUGAUGUAAUUUAAAACUUUUGUUUAAAGCAUUACAGUAUUUUUCUGUGGCCAUCAAUUAAUAUGAGGGUUUGUGCUACAAGAGUUAAAGCGUAUGCUAUCAUUGUAUUCUUUAAGAACCUUAUUUUGAUAAAAUGUAAAUUUGUUGAACCCUGCCACAUUUAGUAUCCCCACCCCCAAAUCCUGUUCCAAUGAAAAAAUUAAAACCUGAUACGAAAAAAAAAAAGUUUCAGUUAACCUAUUUUGUGUCUGUAGGCUGACCUCAGCCCUGUAACAUAACCCAUUAAAAUCAAUUUCUUUUUUUUUAAGACAGAGUUUCUCUCUGUUGCCCAGGCUGGAGUGCAAUGGCGCAAUUUCAGCUCACUGCAACCUCUGCCUCCCAGGUUCAAGCGAUUCUCCUGCCUCAGCCUCCUGAGUAGCUGGGAUUACAGGCACACACCACCACGCCCAGCUAAUUUUUGUAUUUUUAGUAGAGGUGGGGUUUCACCAUGCUGGUCAGGAUGGUCUCCAACUCCUGACUUCAUGAUCCACCCACCUCGGCCUCCCAAAGUGCUGAGAUUACAGACGUGAGCCACUGCGUCCUGCCUAAAAUGAAUUUUCUAGAUGAUUGAAUAACAGUAGUCCUUUGAUAGAAGAUAAUGACUUGGUUUAUGGCCUUAAUAUACUACUUAAUUACUGAAGAUGUUUAUUAAUAGAAUGAUAAAUGUACAGAGUAACCUAUAAGCAUGACAUACUUUUGCUUUCAGUAGUUUCAUGUAAAGAAAAAAACUUGAAAAUAGUAAUACCUGAGGACCCAUGGGAAUAAUAGACACUGGGGAGGUAGGGUGGGGAGCAGGAGCAAGAGCUGAAAAACUACCUACUGGGGACUGUGCUCACUACCUGGGUGACAGGAUCAUACGUACCCCAAACCUCAACAUCACACAGUAUACUCAGCUAACAAACCUGACCAUGUGUUCCCUGAAUCUAAAAUAAAAAUCGAAAUAAUUUUUUUAAAAAGGAAAAUAGUAUUACCCAUGGGACAAAAUUUGUACUAUUAGCAAGAAUCACUUUGUGUCUCAUUUAGAAACAAUUUGACUUUUGUUCCAGUGUUUAAACUUAGACAAAAAUGGUUUUGAAUAGAUCUUUAUAACCUGAUGCCAUAAAUACAAGAUUCUCUGAUACCUUCAUUUAAUAUAUCAAUAUUGGGCCUAAAACAGUAUUCUGUAAAGCUUAAAUUGGUAUUAACUAUGAUCAUCUUGAUGUCUAUGAUAGAUAAUAAACAAGGUCAUACAUACCUUACUAAACAA